CAAAAUAAUAAGAAAAUGGAAUUUACUCAGAUUUCACUUGUCUCUUUCCUCUUCAUCUUUAUCACUAUCACAUUCUGGCUCACAAGAUCAAAUCGGAAGCUUAAGCUUCCACCGUCUCCAGCGACAGCUUUGCCAGUGAUCGGCCACCUCCAUCUCCUCAAGCCACGGCUCCACCGGCUACUACUCUCCUUCUCCCAGUCCCUCGAAAAUGCUCCUAUCUUCCACCUCCGCCUCGGAAACCGCCUCGUUUACGUCGUUUCCUCACGUUCCAUCGCCGAAGAGUGCUUCACCAAAAAUGAUGUCGUUCUCGCGGACCGACCCGUGUUCACCGUGAGCAAGCACAUCGGCUAUAACGCCACUCAUAUGGUAGCCGCAGUCGAGAUAUUUUCGUCUCAGAGACUCAAUACGUUUCUGUAUAUCCGUAAGGACGAGAUCCGACGGCUCAUCUCACGUCUCUCCCGCGACUCCUUACACAAAUUUGUGGAGGUGGAAAUGAAAUCAUUAUUAGGGAAUUUGGCAUCCAACAAUAUCAUCAGAAUGGUGGCCGGAAAGCGAUACUAUGACGACGGCACCGAGGACAACGAUGAAGCCAAGCGUGUGAGAAAACUUGUGUCAGGGUUGACCGGUGGUGCUAGUGCCGGGAAUCCAGCUGACUAUAUUUCAAUCGUACGAUGGGUAACAAAUUUCGAGAAAAAUAUCAAAAAUCUAGGGAAACAAUUUGAUGCGUUUUUACAGGGAUUAGUUGAUGAGAAACGUGCACAGAAAGAGAGAGGUCAUACUAUGAUCGAUCAUUUGCUUUCUCUCCAAGAAACUCAACCUGAGUACUAUAACGAUGUCACCAUCAAAGGGAUGAUCCUCUCUAUGAUAAGUGCAGGGACAGACACGUCAUCAACAACACUAGAAUGGGCAAUGUCAAGUUUGUUGAACCAUCCAGAGAUACUCAUGAAAGUGAGAUCUGAAAUUGAUGAAAAAGUCGGUUUAGAUCGGUUAAUAGACGAAUCAGACAUUGUGAAUCUUCCUUAUCUUCAAAACACUGUGUCGGAAACACUACGUUUGUAUCCUGCCGUCCCGUUACUACUCCUUCACAUGUCAUCGGAUGAUUGUAAAGUUGCGGGAUACGAUAUGCCACGUGGGACGAUACUGUUGGCCAAUGCGUGGGCUAUGCAGCGAGAUCCCAAGUUAUGGGAGGAACCUGAGACGUUUAAGCCAGAGAGAUUUGAAAAGGAAGGGGAAAUUCAUAAGCUGAUGAUGCCGUUUGGGUUAGGAAGAAGAGCUUGCCCCGGAGCUGGGCUUGCUCAACGGUUGGUGGGACUGACUCUCGGAGCUUUGGUUCAGUGUUUCGAGUGGGAAAGGGUUGGUGAGGAACUUGUGGACAUGACCGAAGACGAUGGAGUUACGCUGCCUAAAAUGAUGCCGUUACGAGCUAUGUGCAGAUCCCGUAACAUUGUGAGUAAAGUGAUGUGAAAUCUAUCUUGUCGUGUUUCUUAAAGUAUUUUAAGCUUUGUUUAAUCUAAGUAUCAAGUAAAAUAAUAAUAAUAUAUCUGUUGUGUCUUUUAUUAAAAAUGUAUUUCAAAGUUUUAAGAUAAA